GAGAGAGGGGAAAGACGAGUUUUAGAGAGAGUGAGAGGGAGAGAAAAGCCCGCUGCAGUCUACGUCAGUGCCAAUGCGUAAACAGAUUUCAGGUUCUUUUUGUGGUUGGAUUAUUGACUGAUCUCUGCAAACGCGGUUUCUCUCUCUAAAACAGGGACCCAACUAACAGCAAACCUGUGCUCCCCCCUUCCUCUUCUCUAUCUCUCUGCAAUGAACCUCAAACUUUGGGUGCUCAAGUGUUUUCUAAUGGCAGAAUGCUAUAUGGUUUGGGCAGGAGCCCAAGUGAAAGAAGAAUCAACAAUCCCCAUCCCCACAUACUCUCCACCAGAAGGCAACACCACGUUCUUGGAUGGAACAUCAUGGUGCGUGGCUUUAGCAGGGGCCAAACAAGAUGAUCUCCAAAAUGCCUUGGAUUGGGCUUGUGGGCUAGGCAUGGCUGAUUGCUCUCCCAUUCAGCCUGGUGAAAUUUGCUUUGAGCCUGACAACCUUGUGUCCCAUGCCUCCUAUGCAUUCAAUAACUACUAUCAACAAAAUGGAAAUGCCCCAAUUGCUUGUAACUUUGGAGGAACUGCAGGGAUCAUAUCUAGAGAUCCAAGUUAUGGAUCUUGUACCUACCAGAGUUCAGGGAAGAGUCUCUCCUCUUCUCCCCCACCAUUGUCACGCCUAUGCUCUGUUUCAUGGAGAUAUGCAGGCACUUUCCUCCUUUUGUACAUCAUAAUUUUUAUUAGGUAUUGAGGACAUUGCAAUGUGGUAGCUCAAUUUUGUGAAUUAAGAGCUCUAGCAAAUAGCUAUUUAUUACCAUAUUAUUAUGUAUGUCUUAUUAAUUGUCUUUA